AUGGAUACGGCCUUCAACACUGCAGAGUUUUGCCAGGGUUUGUUUGAUGAAACGUGGGGUGUGGUAUGUUCUGCUAAUUGUCAGGUGAAGCAUCUGGCAGAAUCGCUUCAAGAUAUCACUACGAUGUCGUUGGAUGGGGAGGAAAUGUUCUGCGGCCCUCUCGCAAACUUCAAUGUCCAUGAACCGUGCAACUUAUGGGAAAGCUCCACGACCCUGUUGCCCCAGUGCGCGUUGUGGUGCUUGAUGGAGGAUCUUGAGGCCCGCGUCAUGGUGCUGGACGCCCUACUAGAUGGCGCAUACAACCCCGAGGAAGGCAUUACUAUCGAAGGCAUGGCUCAGUUUUGCCACCGCGAUGCAAUCGAGAGCUACGAUUUCGGCGGUUAUUGUGACAAUGCAGCCGCUUCAGAUGAGCUUCCGCAAGGCGCCGUUUGUGGUGUUUAUUGGGAGGCAUCGGAACUGAAUAGGACAUUGACCCAAACCAUAGAUGCGGCUUGGGCAGCCCAAGAUUUCGAAGAGUCGGCGUCCUUGCAGGGUUUUUCAGUAUUUUUCUCUGGCGGUCUGGCGGUGACUUCCAUGAUCUUUCAUUUGUUCCAUUCCCGACGCGAGUAG